AUUUAUUUUUUAGGGAAAAAAGGAGGCAGCAAACAACCAGCAAAACAGGUUGAAAAAAAUUCGUUUUCUGAGCCUUGGGAGGAUAGCGACUUGGUGCUCACGGUGGAGGACGAGCCAUUUCAUGUCCAUCGACAGAUCCUGAGCUUACACUCACCGGUGUUUAAAGCGAUGCUGAAUUCUCAAUUUAAAGAAGCCACAGCAACAGAAAUCCCAUUGCCAGGAAAGAAAGCAAAUGAGGUUUUAGAUUUCUUGAAGGCGCUUUACCUGAAAGAAACAGCUGAAAUAGCUUGUAAGUAAGAUAUCAGUAAGGCAGCGUUCACACUUGGCGCCCGGGCACGGUGCCCGAGUACGGUAAUUGCUGGUCCCCAAAAUAAACACGCCCUUUUUUAAGUACCCACACUCCUCGAAUCAGUGCACCGUGCCUGUACCGAUUUCAAAAUGACGUCUGACAUGGCAAAAAGGAGUAACUAUGUACACAGUUACAGCCUGGUACUCAGGGUGUGAACACAACUUCAUUUUGUGCCCUAACCCAGGCAGCAGUGCUCGGGCACCAAGAGUGGACAUUACCGUUAGUUGCCUUAAAACAGUCAUAUCUUUACACAAUGGCCACUUUUCGAAUCAGGAACCUCCAGCAAUAGUCCAUUUUCACAAUGACGACAUUUGAUUGCAACAACCAGAAUUCAUUUCUUUUUUUGUCUUCUUAUUUAAAUUUGUCAAUCCCGUUGAGGAUUAAAAGACAGUGGCCCUAAUUUGCACAAGAACUCGAAAAAAAACUGAAGCAUCAUUCUGGUACUUGUCAUAAACUCACGUCAUCGUACAAUUGUCUUUCUGAAUAGACAAUCAAAUAGCAUAAAGUCCUUUGUUGUACUAAGAGGCUUUAUAAACAUUAGCGCCAACCUGAUCCGAGUCAUAUAGAACCUCUACAACAAGGCCACCAAUGCAGUCUACCUUAAUGGUGAGAUAGGAGACUGGUUCAGAACCACAGUCAGAGUCAAACAAGGCUGUCUGCUCCCAUCGACUGUUCUCAACAUAUUUCUGGAGAGAAUUAUGACUGAGAACAGGAAGAUCACAAAGGAACAGUCAGCAUUCGAAGCGAAAAGUUCAGCAAUUUACGUCUUGCAGAUGACAUUCUGAGCUUGGCAGGAAAGAGGAGGAGCCUUGCCUCUCCGGAGGAUCACCUGGAUAAGACCCUUGCAGACUUUGGCAUGGAGAUUAGCGCAGAGUAGACCAGGCAAACUUAUGACCAACAAUUCAACAUAGAUGCAUCACCACUGACAUCAGGGCAGAAAAUUGAGCGAGGUUGAAAGUUUAAAAUAUCUGGGCGGAGUGGUCACAGAUCAAGGUUUCAAGCCUGAAGUACUGUGUAGAAUUACACAGACAAGAGCAGCACCAACGAGACUGAAGAUUAUCUGGAACGACAAGAAUAUCUCCUUUAGCUCAAAGAUCAGACUCAUGCUCUCAUUGGUUGUCUCGAUAGUCUUGUACGCCUGCGAAUCCUGGACAUUGACAGCGGACAUGCAUCCAAAAUAAAUUGCAGCCCACUGAGAUAAGAUGCUUUUGGACUGCUUGGCAUCUCGUACUUCUUCUUUUACGCCAAAGAUCUCUCAGGAUCCGUAGACGCACUCUGAUGCUUAGGUCUCUCUUCUCAGCAAGCCUGAUAGUCUACGAUGGUGUACUCCGUGUCCAUUCACAGAUGUCUCUUAUCCAACAUCUCCGUGGUCAACCCCGCCCUCUGCUUCCAGGAGCUCGUCCAUGCAUGACUGUGAUAGCCAGUCUAAGCUCACUGAGAUGUCUCAUGACAUGGCCGAAGGAUUUCAUUUUCCGAUCUUGCGCAAUUUGAAUUAGGGGUUUUUGUACUCCGGCUAAGUCCUCCACCUGUUCUUUCCAUGACUCGUUUGUGCGUCUGUCCCUCCAAGAGAUGCCCAGUAAUCUUCUAUAACACUUAAAUUCAAACGCAUUGAUCUUCUUUACAAUCUCUUAGCCUGCGAAGAAGGCGCCGGUUACUUUUUUUAAAGGCCCUGCAAGGUGAUAAAAACAAACCGGCGCCUGAUUUCAUUGUAUGUCCAGGAUUCGCAUCCGUAAAGUAAAACGAAAUCACGAUCGAUCGUAAGAAUCUCAAUUUCACUCUAAAGCUAAUAGUUUGGCCUUUCCACGAUUUGUCCAUUUUGGCUAAUGACGACAUAGCCAUUACUGCUCUUAUCUUUCCUUUACUCGUCGAUCUACCUAAAUCAGGCAUACUACAAGCCGGGUAUACUACAGGCCCAGUACUUGAAUUGUUUAACUUGCUCUAACUCUUUCAGAGAUAACUUAACAGUUGUUCUUAAUGUCUCCGGUGUUUUACCUACGGCAAGGGUCUUACUUUUCUCUCCACUAUUCUCCACUCUGAAUCUCGUCGACUCUGUGUUCAACCUAUUGGUAAGGAGUUUUAGUUCAUUGCUCUCAUCUGUGAUUAAUGCAAUGUCAUCAGCGAAUCGAAGGUUAUUCACCAGCAAUCCUUGAGCACAAACGCCACCUGUCAACUCUUCAACUGUUCUGCUUACAAUCUCCUCCAGAAAGACAUUGAAAAGACUUGGCGAGAAAACACACCCUUGUCUCACCCCAACACUACAUGGGAACUUCUCGCUAAAUUUCGCUCCAACCCUCACUUUGCUUGUUCACUUCGCAUUAAGUUGCUCAAGUGCUCUCAUAAUGUUGUCAUCUAUUCCCUAUUAGGGACCUUAAGCAUCGACGACGACGAACCGCACCGUGAAAGGACUGGGUCGAGAACGUCGUUCACGGCGGGAAAAUUCGAGAGUCCAGCGCUCACUUGCUGUGGACGACGAGUUUCCCAUGUAAACAAAGGAAAUGCGAAUGAUCGAAGUGUUCAAAAUAUCUUUUCACGGUCUGCCCUAAAGGUUCCAUAGCGCUUUGCCUGUGUUCCUCUAGAGAUGCUCCUUCUUCCCUUUCGUUUUUCUUUACCUCGGAGCUUUUUUCGUCGGCCAACUUCUCCUUUCAAUCAUUAUAUCUUUGAGAGCUUUUGGCCUAGUUCGGUCUCUUCGGAGGUGAUUCAAGUGGCAUUUUCCAGUUGGCGUAUUUUCUCUUUAUGCUUGGUAAUCAGCAAGGUCAGUCUGCUGUCUCUCGUGGCUCUUUUAUUGACUUUGAAUUUCGAAUGAUCAAGGCCACUCAGGUUUACAGGUAUCUGGUUCCAUACAUCUCCCCUUUCCUUGCUUCUGGACGGAUUCUGGUAGGGUUUCAUAACUAACAUAUCUCGGCAUAACUCCAAAUCAUCUUUGUCUGACCACUCCAUCUCCUUUACAAAGAAAAAUAGAACCAAAGGUUACUAAUGUUUGGAGAAAAAUCACUACAGUCCUUAAAGAAAAAAAGGGCGGAACCGGAAUAUGAUUUAGCAUCCUUUUGACCUGUAAACCUUUUUGCUUCGCGAUAAUCUGGAAAACACAAACAAGAAAGAAUCAAUGGGACUCGCUGGUGCUUGUUUACAAAGGCCUAUAUCAAUCGAUUUUUUCUGGUGUUUUUAGUACGAAAAUACUAAGCACAAAUACGUUGAAAGUCGAAUACGCGAUUGAGAUGAAAUUUCUUUCACGAAAGUGGAUCUGGGGGGUAAAAAUACGAGUAAAUUUACUCAGGCACGUUCACUACUGGACGCCAAACCACGGUUUUUCGAGAGCAUGUGGAUGACGAGCCGAGCAUAUGCAGUAGCGCUCAUUUCGCCUCGGCCACUUCCGGUAGGUCGUCGUCGUUCCAUUCGUCGUUAAUGCUUAAGGUCCCUAUUUCAUUAACACUGCCCAUAUAGCAUUAUGCCAUACUCUAUCAAAUGCUUUCCUGUGGUCGACGAAAUUCAAGAAUACUUUUGGGCCGUGUUCGAUGUAUUUUUCGCACAAUACAAGUCUGAGAUUGGUCUCUUGCUCCGCUUUCCUUCUUUCUGCUCUAAAACCUGCCUGACAAUCAUCCCACUCAGACUCCACAGUUGCUGUAAUUUGCCUUCGAAGGAUCUUUAACAUCGCUUUGCUAGCAUGACUGAUAAGUGCAAUUAUUCUAUGGUCAGCACACUUAAAUGAAGCUUUUUUUGGGAUUGGAAUCAAUAUUGACGUUGUCUAGUCUUCAGGCCAGAUUCCCGUUUUUAGGAUCUUGUUGCAAAUAUCAUGUAGUAUCUCUAUAACUUCCACGCCACCAUGCUUCAGUAACUCUCCUUGAAUGUUAUCCACCCUGGGAGCCUUGUUGUCUUUUAGACUUCUUACAGCUUCGCUUUCUUCGACCUCCGCUUUAGUAAUCGGCGGAGCUGUUUUAUUUGGUGCAGCAGCACUCCUCAAGGUGUCCAGUAUUGUGUCAUCCUUAUCAAUUUUGAUAAUUGUAUAGCUCCUCAUAGUAUUCUUUCCAUCUCCUUAGAACAUCUUCAACAUCAGUGAAUAACCCCCCAUCCCUGCCUUCAAUGAUAGUUGUUGCGUUUCUAUUCUUGUCUUCAGUAAACCUGUUAACAGUAUCAUAGGCUUGCGUUGGGUUUCUAUGAAGAUUAUUGUCAAUAAUCUCGCAUUUCUCGUUGAUCCACCUUUCUUUCGCAUUUCUUAUCUCGUUCUUGACAGCUUUGUUUGCCUCUUUAUAUCUUUCCAUGUCUUCAUCACACAGUUUCCUUUUUCCUUUCUAUUUCCUUCUGUUGUCGCAUUUAUCUAACAAUUCCGCCGUGAUCCAUGCCUUCUUUGCAGUGCAUUCUUGUUUUUACCAAUAACUGUUGCCGCAGCUUGGUUCAUGACUUCUUUGAAUGGGUCCGUUUGUUCAUUCACAUCGCUUAAAAGUAAUAGUGGUCAAAUUUGCCACCUAUUUGUGCUUUGAACUGGUCGGCAAUGUUGGGGUCUUUCAACUUUUUAACGUCGUACUUGAUACACACUACUUUUUCUCUGCAUUUUUUUCUGUAUUUCAACUUUUAUCGCUAUCAUCACCAAGUGACGGUCACUCCCAACGUCUGCUCUAGGAAAGGUUCUAGUACCCUUCAUUUCGUAUACAAGAUGUUAAUUUGUUGCUAACUAUUAUGAAGUCAAUUUGCUAGCUCUGGCCGUUUGGAGCAUGCCAAGUUACCAACCUUAAUCGUUUGUGUUUAAAAAGUGGGUUGGCAAUCACUAACUUGUGCCUUUCUGCAAACUCUAAUGCUUUCUGUCCUCUUUCAUUGGUUGUUCCUAUACUGUAACCGCCUACGACACCUUUCCAAUUUGGUAUGGUGUCACCGCCGAUCUGAGCAUUCCAGUCCCCCACCACUAUCAGGUAGUCUCUUUUAACUGAGUUUUCAAUGGCUUCCUCUAGUUCUUCGUAAAAGGACUCAACUUCUUCUUCUUCUUCUUCUUCUUCUUCUUCUUCUUCUUCUUCUUCUUCUUCUGUGGAUGAUGAUGUUGGCGCAUAGAUCUGGAUAAUGUUGAGAUUGUGGGGUUGCGCAGCAAUUCCAAUCUGAAUUUUUCUGCUAGAUAUAGGAUUACACACAAGAACCGAACUGGUGGUGUUUUUCUUCACGAGAAAUCCCAUUCCCCUUUCGUGUCUCUUUGGUUCUCCACUCCACCAAAUCUUGCCACCAACUCCGGUCCACCGCAUCUCUGCUAAUCCGAGGAUUUUAUAAUCAUGGUUGCCCAUUUUGUUCUGAAGCUGUUCGAGCUUUCCACUCGCGUAAAGAGUUCUAACAUUCCACGUACCCACUGUAAAGCACUUCUAAACAAGAUUCUGAUGUAGACGACAAUAAGUAGCUAACUUAUCACUGCCGCUCCGAUCACCCUUAGCGGCAAGCGCGGCCAUUUUUAACCCGGGUUUUGACCGAUCCGGUAUGAGAAUACUCUGUUGAUCCAGCAUCAUUGUGUUUCAAAGGGCAAGAGUCCCCAGUGUCGUCAUACAAAGAUGACAUAACCAACGAGGCAAGCAGGGACAGAAUCAGGCAAGCUGUCUGGCCCUAUGACGACAUCUGAACCACCGUGAUGGUAAGGAAGCGUCAGUUAAAGUGGUUUGAAUAUGUAUCCAAAUCAGCAGGGUUUGCCAAGACAAUUUUACAAGGAAGGGAGAAGAAGGGGAAGAUAAAAGAAGAAUUUGGAGAAUAAUAUCUCUGAUUGGAUUGAGUUAAGUUUUGCGACCCCCUAAUAAAAUGUCAAAACAAAAUCUGAUGGAGGGAAAGGGUUGCUAGGUCCAUGGCGCCCUAAAAGGGUUAUCACGGGUGCACCUCUUUGCGCAAGGGUGACCAUUUUCAAUAAAUUUUAUUGACAACAAUUUCAUGGAGACAUCAUCCGAGGCGACUGAGGAAAAUUGACUUUUAAGUGAUUCAAUGCUGCCCGUAUUUUAGAUCUCCCUCUACGCGCAUCGGUUAGUGAUGCUGUGGCGAAACUGCAUUGGAAAUCCCUAUUGCACAGGAGAGCCGAACCCUGCGCCAUUUUAACCCUGCGUCAAUAACGUUUUUCUGAUGCCUCUCAAUAUAGUCGAAACGCCUUCGGCUCGGCUGAUAACACUUAACUUGAACUUGAUUAUUCCGGUUAUCACUAAAACCUCAUCCAAUAAUUGUUUAUUAUCCAUUGCGUAUCAGCACUAUUCGAUGAGUAAUCAACUGAUUACUAAAAUUGAUUGAAUUUCCCCAGUAAUUUCUCGUGUAGUCGAAGGUUCUACCUGGAGCAGCACUUGACUGUCCUGAGUGACUAUUACUAACUUCAGGAGAUUUAGUUCUCCCGACAAGCGAUCAGAAUCAAGGUAUCAUUAUAUACGGAUUACAGGUAGUUUCUACCUGAAUAAUGUUCUCUUUAUUUUUCUGUAUAUGUUUGGUUUACUUUAAUCUGUCUAACAUGUCUUUGCUCAUCUUUAUCCAGUGAACAAAGUGAGACACCUUCUGAAGUUAGCCGACGAGUACCAAACACAAGGUGUGCUUGACCUUUGCGUGAAGUGCCUCAGGGAUGUACCAAAAUCUGAAGACAAUGUGGUUACGAUUCUUCUCCUGGCAACGGACACACAGAUGGCAAGAGACGACAGCAGGCUUGAUGGUGUUCGCAGUGAAUGUGAAACCCUUGUUGAAGAUAUGGAGCUUGCUGAUAUAACAGGAAUGAGCGAUUUUAAGAAUUUGAACCGAGAUAGCAUGGAAAGUGUUUUAGUUAGAAGAUCUAAGCGUUUAGAAACGUGUCUUAAGAGGGUUUACCCUCAGUUGUUUGGGUUGGUGGAAUAUUGUUUAUUCAUGAAAUUAGAUGGGUAUUCUUCAGGCAAAAUAUCUCGUUGUCUUCAACAUUUUCCAAAGAGUGGCCAAAAUGCUAACAAAGCAAACAAAGAUCUCGUACAGCGAAUAAUAAAUUGCUCGGUUUGUAGAAGAAUGAUUAAACAGUUGGUUUCUUCAUCUGUUAAAGCUGUUAAAAAUCCAACUACGCCGUUUGGCUUAGGUUUCAGCUUUUCCAUCCCUACUUCAGGCCUUGGUGCUGCCUCGAGAGAAACUGCUCUAAGUGAAUACUUCUAUGGGGGGAGUUACCACUUUGACGAGGAUUUGAUCACACUCCUCCAGGAUAUAGACAAUGUUAUAUCAAUCCUGUAA